CAAAUUUGAAAGGGAUUCUGUGUUGCAUCGGGCUGUCCCUAACCUUUUUGGAGUCUGUUCUUGCUAGAGCAACGCAACCCUAGGGUUUACUUCUAGCGAAGAUGUUGCGAGUAGCAGGGAGAAGGUUAUUUUCUGUUUCGCAGAGAUCUUCAACUGCGACCUCCUUCGCUCUCUCCCGAGACCAGACACUCUCUGAUGUAGGCAGCGACUCAUCUUCCGCCACCAGAUCUGUCCCCUCUGCAGAUCUUUCACGUUUCGCUUCUUACCACCGUAGCCUUCUUCUAAGAGGUUUCUCUUCUCAAGUCCUUACUCAAGGUAAUGAGGUAGGUUUUGGUUCGGAAUCAGCCACCGUCGAGGCUGUCAAGACACCAAACUCAAAGAUUGUCUAUGAUAACCACAACCAUGAGCGUUACCCACCUGGUGACCCUAGCAAGCGUGCCUUCGCCUACUUUGUUUUGUCCGGUGGGAGGUUUGUCUACGCCUCAGUUCUCCGCCUUCUUGUUCUGAAGCUUAUUGUCAGCAUGUCCGCAAGUAAAGAUGUCCUUGCACUUGCAUCCCUCGAGGUUGACCUCGGUAGCAUCGAACCAGGAACUACCGUCACAGUGAAGUGGCGUGGAAAGCCGGUGUUCAUCAGGAGAAGAACAGAAGAUGACAUCAAGCUGGCUAAUAGCGUGGAUCUUGGAACUCUUAGAGACCCACAAGAAGAUGCUGUCAGGGUCAAGAAUCCGGAAUGGUUGGUGGUGGUUGGAGUCUGCACUCACCUGGGAUGCAUCCCUUUACCUAAUGCUGGUGACUAUGGGGGUUGGUUUUGUCCCUGUCACGGAUCACAUUACGAUAUCUCGGGAAGAAUCAGGAAAGGUCCAGCACCGUAUAACCUGGAAGUACCGACAUACAGCUUCUUGGAAGAGAAUAAGUUACUCAUUGGUUGAUGAAUAAAAGAAACACAACAGUCAAGCUUCAUCUUUCCUUUUUCUAUAUUCCAGCAAUUUUAGAGCAAAGAUUGUGUCUUGUUUUUGCCGAACAAUAAAAAACUUGUGAUAUUUAUUGAACGUGUACUCGAGCAGCUCUGUUUCUUUUUUGAUGAUGAUGAAAGACUGUUCAUAGUCUUCUGUGUGUUUAUUCAUUUAUCAACUCCUUUUUGUCCUA